AUGACAUCGUCGCAAAUCCCCAGCAAGAAAUAUUGAGCAAAUGGUUCAGCACGCGUUAGGAGACCGGCAUCCACCAGUCAAGACGGUUUCUCUGGGAUCGGCCAGAUGGAGAGGUACCAGCUGCACAAAAGGUGACCGGCUUUGUGCAGUUAUCCCUGUGGACGGACAUGUUCGCCAGGAACUGUGGACUGCAGGCACUUCGCAGCUGCAGUCGGACGACCAGAGCUUGCGUUCAUCGUGCCCCUGCAACGAAGCUCGUCUCCCGACGCUUUUCCUCGUCCUCGUCCUCGUCGGCGUUCAGCAAUGGCCCUGCUCCAACGGCGCAUCCUCUCGCAGGGAUUGCCACUCAGCUUGAUCAUGUCGCACCCCGUUUCGAGAUAGACCCGGACGAUAUUCAGAUUCUCGAUUCUCCAACCGCUUUCUACGAUACCCUGAAGGUAGAGACAUGAUGCACCUAUGGGAAGCGGCCAGCUAAGGUGUGCUGCAGGCCAAGAUAAAAGGAGCAAAACGACGGAUAUACCUAUCUACGUUGUACAUUGGCAAAACCGAACACGAGCUCAUCCAGACACUUGAUGAAGCAUUGGAGAACAACCCGGACCUUGAGGUCUCGAUCCUUACCGAUGCACUUCGAGGCACUCGAGAAGACCCUAAUCCGUCGUGUGCCACCCUCCUAGCACCGUUGAUUGUUCGAUUCGGUGAUCGGGUUCGGAUCUCCAUGUUCCACACUCCAAAUCUCAACGGGUGGAAGAAGAAGUACAUGCCCAAGCGGAUAAACGAAGGAUGGGGCUUGCAACACAUGAAACUCUACGGAUUUGACGAUGAAAUAAUGCUCUCAGGCGCCAAUUUAUCCGACGACUACUUCACCAACCGUCUUGACCGGUACCACAUUUUCUCUUCCAAAGAGCUCACAGAUUUCUACGGUGCUGUUCACGAAGCUGUCUGCGACCUGUCGUACCACCUCGUGCCCUCGGAGGCGCGACCCGGCGGCUUUGAGCUGCUUAGCCCCCAUGAACGAGGGUAUCCCGACCCGUUAUGGCAUACCAAAAGAUUCAAGGCAUAUGCCAAAGAGAUACUUGAACCAUUAAUCCACAAGAAAGCUAGACAGAAGAUGUUUCCAGUCGAAUUUACACAGCAAAAGACUUUCGUCUAUCCGCUGGCUCAGUUCGACGUCCUCCUUGGCGCGCCUAAGAAUAUGGCCCUGCUCGACUAUGAGUUUGCACAAUACACUUCUACAGAGAAGCCUGCAAUUACUAAACUGCUCACCAACCUUGCCGAGGACAAGCGACUGCACAAGUCAACGUGGAUAUUCACUGCUGGAUACUUCAAUAUCGACCCAGACAUCUGCCAACUUCUCAUAUCCGCCGCUCCAGAAAGCCCACGAGCACUUGAACCAGGCAUCAAAGCUUUCGAAAAGGCAUGCACGGUGAUUACCGCAUCGCCAUGGGCCAACGGUUUCUACGGCAGCCCCGGAGUGAGCGGUAUGCUACCAGCAGCUUAUACUCUCCUUUCUCGACGUUUCCUGCGUACCGUGCACGAUGCUGGUAAAGAAGACGUAAUUCAGCUGAAGGAGUGGAGAAAAGGUACGGUCGGUGAGCCUGGUGGGAUGACCUACCACGCCAAAGGGCUAUGGGUGACUCUACCGCCUCAAUUGGACACUGAGGGGCAGGCCAUCGAAGAACCGGGACCAAGCAUCACGGUGGUAGGGAGCAGCAACUACACGAAAAGAAGCUACAGUCUUGACCUGGAAAUUGGAGCGAUGAUUCUCACCGGCGACGAGGCGCUGAAACGAAGACUGAAAGAAGAGACGGAAAAUCUGCAAAAAGAUGCGGCAGUCGCAACACAGGACGAUCUCGCGAAGAUCGAUCGGAGGGUGGGCUUGAAGGUGCGACUGGCCCUUUGGCUAGUUGAGGCCUUGGGAGGCGCUUUAUGAGCGCUACUACUAUGGGGAGGAGCUCGUCGAAGAAGGCAAACGAGAGCAGUGCUUCUGAUCACCUGCGAACAGCUGACCAGUGCCGCCACAGGCUCCCGGAAUACCCUGAUAUCGGAAGAAACCUGAAGCAAUGACUAUACGCUGUUGCCAGGCACACGCCAACUAUACGAGACCAGUGCCUCUAACGCCCCAUUUUGACAAAACGAGAAGCCGACGAGCGCCAUAACUCUCCUCUCUUCGACACUUGCCCCUGCACGAGCGAAGCAUGCUGACCUGCAACCCUCUUCUCCUCUCACUCGCGCGACGAACUCUGGCUUUCCAUUACCUUGGAGACAGGAAACUCCUUCGGAAGAAGGGACUGGGUUAUUUCCCAUGUACAAUAAUUUUCCCUCCUCAAAGUAAGAGGCGGACCAUUGAGACGAGCAUAUGGGAUAGAAAGGAAACCCGAACUGAUAGAUUGGGUAGAGAGCUCAGAUGCAAACGGGCUAUGUAUACAGUAAAUACAUGUAUCACCAUCCGUAAUAUAUGAGGACCACUGCAAAGAGAAGGGGAUCCAGCAAAGAGAUUCGACCUCGCUCUGAAAAGGGUUUGACAGCGAUGAGAAUGGGCUACAUCAAGGACAUGGCUUACAACUCUGUCUAAAUAUCAGGGAGGUCCCUAAAAGGGUCAACAAAAGAUCGGGGAGGACAGGAGUCAAGCGCUGUGUCUUACACCUUAGCACGCCCGCCCCCUUUGGUCGCUGAAUAGGGACUCACCCAACCAACGACCCACAGGAUUUUCAGGAGUCCGCCGCAGGCUCAGGGUGGAAAGUGAACUUGUCGUGUCGCGACUUCGAGAGAGAGCCGGCAAGAGUGCAUUUCGAGUUCGUGCUCAGGGAGGAAUCCCUCACCGCAAUGACCGGAUGACCCACCACUCUCAGUCAUGUUGUGGUAAUUUCAAGCUGCUGGGCACGACGACCCGCUCCAGGAUGGCAAAAGGUAACGACGGCCGCAGUCUUCAUCCGGCGUCUAUGCGAAGAUUGACUGGGUCGCAGCCCUUU